CCGCAAUUAAAACUAAUGUUACUGCCACGCAACCAAGUGAUGAUGCUGAAAAAAUCAAGGCGCGCGCAGAGAGAUUUGGGCUGAAAAUUGCAGCGAAUGGAAAGACGGGACCAAGCAAAGACAAUCAAACUUCACCGGGCUCGAAACGGAAAAGAGGUGCUGUUGCACCUCCGCCUGAGGUUGAGGUGGAUCUCGAGGAGCUAGAGAGACGACGAAAGAGAGCUGAGCGGUUUGCACUGAAGCCUUAAAGCUAACCGUUGCAAGUUUCCUGUACGAACAUUCAUAAUUAUGGGCUGCUGUAUUAACUCGACUACAUAUGUCGUUACUCGUUACCCCUUUGUCAUCGUAGAGUGUGUCUCUGCAACUGUAGAGGUGGGAAUAUUCACACGGAAGCUUUUGUCCUUCUCUACACUCAUGAACGGCUCGGAGAAGGAAGAACAGCCUCUGCUUGCUCGAAGCGCUGGUCGUGCUAAAUCCAAAUAUGUACUGAUAAUUCAUGGAGGUGCUGGAACAAUGUCCAGAAAGAAGAGCACUGAUGCGCAGUUGAAGGCAUAUCAUGAUGCCUUGUGCGUUGCCUUGAAGGCAGGUCAUGAGGUAUUGAAAAGUGAAGGGGAGGCCAUGGAUGCAGCUGUGGCAGCCGUGGUGGCUCUGGAAGAUAACAUACUAUUCAAUGCAGGUAAAGGAGCCGUCUUCAACACUGCGGGCAAGAACGAAUUAGAGGCCUCAAUCAUGUUAUCCAAACCUCCUGCUUCCCAUCCUUACGUCCCUUCUUCCAGAAGAGGCUUCGGACUAAGUCUCCUAACGCACAUCCGUAAUCCAUCCAGACUAGCGCAGGAGCUCUAUCUAACACCAUCCGCCGCUCCCCACGUGUUUCUUUCAGGAAACAAUGCAGAGAACAUCGCAGAGUCUUUGGGUAUGACCCUCGUCGAUCCAUCUUACUUUUUCUCCGAAGCUCGAUGGAAGGAGCAUCGACGAGGGCUAGGGCUGCCUGAUAUGCCUUAUCCUCCGGGAAGCCAUGGUUCAGGAGGAGAAAUUGAGGAAAAUUCAUCCCCAGAGUCUUUGGGGUCUCUGGAUAUGUAUUCUACAGGAACAGUCGGCGCUGUUGCACUGGACGUGAGGGGUUGCAUCUGUGCAGUAACCUCAACUGGAGGACGGACGAACAAACUGGUAGGUCGAAUUGGUGACACACCAGUCAUGUCUGCGGGCUAUUGGGCGGAGGAAUGGGAGAUUAAGUCUGGCUGGCUGAAGAAGGCCUGGAAUACAUUCACAGGCAAGGAAAAUCCUUCCAAAAUGGCUGUAGGUAUCUCAGGUACUGGGGAUGGCGAUUACUUUAUCCGUCAAGCCACAGCGUCGACCAUCGCUCGUCGUGUCCAAUUAUUAGGUGAGCCUAUAGCAACUGCUGCUCAAGUUGCUGUAGAAACCCUACGUCGCGAUGGCGGUAUUGGAGGAGUUAUUGUUCUAGAUAUUGAGGGUAACGUUGCUACACCUCUGAAUUGUGAAGGCAUGUACAGAGGUUUGAUUCGGGAAGAUGGUGUCGCGAAGACUGCCAUCUUUGAGGACGAAGUUCUAGAAUGAACAAGUACUGUAUAGCGUUGUAUACAGUAUGACUCUCAUAUGAUUAAAUGUCGAACCUGACCACCUGCCCAGCUGCACCUCGCUCAAUUUUCAACAACCGCUUGGCUACACAACCAUACAACGCCUUGGGAUGUCCAGAAACCAUCGCUGCGCUGCCACUGGUGCUCGCUUUGGCAGCAAGCAGUUCCUUGACCUUGUUCAAGGGCAAAGAUAGCGUUUCGGAUGAAAGCAAGGCAAUUAAAAGAUGUGCGGUAAGUA